AUGGAGAGGCUUCAAGUGUAUGUUCUUUUUCUUGUCAUUUUACAUUCAAUAGCUGCAGAAUUUGCUUGUAAGGCUCAAAAUGGUGCUAGAAAUUGUUCCGCUAUUGAUCUUGAAGCACUGGAUGAUUUCAAGAAUGGCAUGAAUGAUCCUGAGAACCGGCUUUCGUCAUGGCAAGGAAGAGACUGUUUCAAUCCUGAUGAUGUUACCAGGUAUGGAUUUUGGAACUUGAGUGGGAAGAUUAGGCCUACUUUGAUAAAAAUUCAAUCUUUAAAGUACUUGGAUUUGAGUCUAAACACAUUUGGUGGAAUCCCAAUUCCAAGAUUUGUGCCUGGUCUUGUUUCUUUAAAAUAUUUUGACAUGAACCAAGUAGAGCUCUCUAUGGUAGGAUCAAGUUGGUUGAAAAUGCUAAACCAGCUUCCACAUUUAACUGAGUUGCAUCUUUCAUCUUGUGGCUUGUCUGGCUCCAUUCCACUUCUUACUCCUGUCAACUUCACUUCACUAGCUGUUAUUGAUCUUAGUUUCAAUAGUUUCAACUCAAUGUUAACUAGUUGGCUUGUAAAUAUCAGCAGUCUUGAAUAUAUAGACUUAAGCAACUCUGGUUUUAGGGGCGGAAUUCCACUUGGCAUCAGUGAGAUUCAAAGGUUAAGAUACUUGAACCUCGCACUAAACAACAACCUUAGUGCCGAUUGCCUUGAGCUAUUUAGAGAAAGCUGGGAACAGAUAAAAGUUCUUGAUUUAGGUUCGAACAAACAACAUGGAAAAUUGCCUAGAUCCACCGGGAAUAUGACUUAUCUGACUCACUUCAGUCUCCUUUUGAACAACAUUGAAGGUGGAAUACCGAGUAUUAUUGGAGGACUAUGCAAUUUAAUCAGACUUGGUUUAUCAGGAAACAACUUGACAGGAGGUCUUGUUGGUAAACUACCAAAAUGGUUGGGUCAGUUGAAAAAUCUUCAACAACUUGGAUUAGCUUCCAACUCUUUUGAAGGCCCUAUACCAGCUUCUUUAGGAAAGCUUCAAAAAUUUACCAACGUGGGACUUUCAGUGAACCAGCUAAAUGGUACUCCACUGGAGAGUUUUGGACAGCUUUCUGAAUUAUCUGUUCUUGACGUUUCUCUGAUUUCCUUGCAGGUUUGA